AUGAACAAGCUGCGGGAAAUCAAUAUUCAGAUACAGGACUCCGAAUGGUCGUGGAGGAGCGCCUUAUGGUCCAGACCCGACUGGGCGAAGAGAUUAAGGCGAGAUAGUGGAGCUCGCAUAGGCGCUGUCCACCAGAUCACCGUAACGUGCGGUAAGGCGGCCUCCAAAUACUGGGUGGCUAGUCACCAGGUCAAGUACCUCCCCAAAGAUCCGAAAAGAGAGGGCUGUGAUAGAUCCGAGGUGCUGGUAGGAUUUCCGAUCGACGACAGUAGAGAAAUGGCCAACGAAGCAGCACGCCAGCUCGUCUAUGCAUUUCUUCCAGUUGGUGACUUUGGCUUCAAGUUCAUGAUCCAAGCGGACUUCCUGCUUGUUGCCAACCGAGAAAACCUUGACAGCUGUUCCUGGAAUGACGCUCUCGUAGAGGCAAUUCCCUAUUCUUUCCUUAGAGCGAUCCAAGAGUUCAACGAAGGGAACCAUCGCUACGAUUGGCUAAAGUAUCUUCCCGAUAUUUACGAGCAAUUUCGCGCAUGUAGAGGAAACCAUGCGAGCUCACCAUCUUGCUUGGCACGACGGCGGUAA